GACCAACAUCAUUCGUUAGUCCAUUUACCGUUACCAAGGAACCAAGUGAAUAACAAACAAGCGAGAGAUUAACACACUGUUAUUAUUAUUGUGUUUCUUUUUGUUAUACUUACAAUUCAAUUAAAGUGGACAUUUGGAAAACAGUAAAACAUCAUCAAGGGUCAAUUAAUUAAUUUGUGAAUCAAACAAAAUGUUACCUGUUUUCUUAAUAUUUUUCAUCAGCUGUUUUCUAAAUCCACUGGAAGUGUCUAGUGAAAUUAAGGAAACAACGGAUUUAAUUUUCUUAAGCGAUUGUCUUUACCAACAUAACCAUUAUCGUAAACUUCACGGAGUACCAGUAUUAACGUACGAUCGAGAGGCUCUUGAUUUGGCUCGAAACAAAGCUUUGGAAAUGAGUAAAACAGUUAGUGAUGAUUCACCUUAUUCCAAUUACACUCUCAACUGGUCCUACAUUCCCGGUACUAAAUCGCCUUCGUGUAAGGCGCUUGUCGCCCAAUGGUACAAGGGUGUCCAUUUUUACAGUUUUACCAAAGGAUUGGUACCAAAAAAGGUUGAACCUUUUGCGAAAUUAAUUUGGCGUCGAUCCAAGAAAGUCGGGUGCUCACAGGUAACUAAUGAUGAUCCAACUUCGCCAGGUAUUUACACCGUUUGUGUUUAUACACCAAAAGGUGAUCUGAAAACGGGAUCAUUGGAAAAUAUUAGUCCAAUUUCAAAUCCAUCCAAUUAUUAUAACUUUUAUUUACUUCGUUAA